AUGUCGCGUGUAGGGAAGAAGACCGGCGCUGCCCUACUCGCGGAACUGCGAGCGAAUCGUGCGGCAGGCAAGACGCGUUUGUCCACAUACGAAGUCGCAGAAGAAGAGCAAUUGUACGAUACGGUCGACGAAGAGGGCUAUAAGAAGAUUGUGCGGGGAAGACUGGAUCAAGAUGAUUUCGUUGUUGGCGACGAGGGCGAGGGAUAUGUCGAUGACGGCCGGGAGGAGUGGGAUGAAGGCCACGGUCAAUACCAUUAUGCUGCGACAGACAGCGAGGGAGAAGACGAGCGGCCUGCCAAAGGCAAAGCUGCCAAACGGAAACGCGAAGAAGACGAGGAGAAGCGAAAAAAGAUUGACAAUGGCAUUAGCAAGUACUUCAGUGCGAAGAAUGCUGCAAAGGCACCAAAGGCCAAGCCUGUUGUGACUGCAGCCGACAAAGACUUCAUGGAGGACCUACUUGGCGAAAUCGACACAAACCCCGUUCCCUCCUCGAAGAACCGAACGCGUCCCGUAAAGACAGAGGCGCGAAGGAAAACACGCGUGCUGUCACCUCCUGUAUCAGAGAACCGGUCGACUGCGGUAACAAAUCGGACCAAUGGUUCAGACGCACACAUGCCAGACACACCACCGGCAGCGAAUGCAUACGUCGAUGACGAUGACCUUCCCAUACUGGACGACGACCAUCCUAUGAGCGACCUUCCACUACAAUCAUCACCCGUUGCUAAAGCCGUAGAACGAAGAGCACAUCCUGCGAUUAAACAAGAAGAGGAAGAAGAUGACCUCAUGGAGGUGGCUCAACCCACGACACAUCUUGGUGUGCCAAUAGCCAGCGUCAACAUGGCCGGCAGACGACCGAUAGCGAAGAUCAAGAAAGAAGACUAUCCCGCACCUGCCAGCUCACCUGUUGGACCUUCCACAGCACCUGUCGAUGCUUCUUCGUGGAAUGAUGUCACAAGCAAACUCAACGUCAUGAGUAGUCCUGCCCCUGCAACUACUGGUAUGGGCAAGAUACAACCACAGGAUGCGCUGGAAGAGGACGGCAGCUUACGCAUGUUCUGGAUCGACUACACUGAAAUUAACGGCAGCUUGUGCCUGUUCGGUAAAGUUAAGGACAAGAAGUCAGGCAACUAUGUCAGUUGCUUUGUGAAGGUCGAUAACAUCCUCCGAAAGUUGUACUUUCUGCCCCGAGAGUACCGUCACAUCCGAGGAGUAACCACAGACGAGGAGGUUGGUCUGAGUGAUGUAUCAGACGAGGUUGACUCCAUAAUGAGCAAGCACCGCGUAAACUUACACAAGAUCAAGCCAUGUACCAGGAAGUACGCUUUCGAACUGGCCGACAUACCCAAAGAAGCCGAUUACCUCAAGCUUCUUUAUGGAUAUGACAAGAUGCCUUUAGCCUCUGAUUUAAAGGGAGAAACAUUCUCGCAUGUUUUUGGAACCAACACCUCGCUUUUCGAACAAUUUGUUCUUUGGAAGAACGUCAUGGGACCAUGCUGGCUCAAGAUUGACGCUCCCGACUUCGCUGCUGUCGCCAACGCUUCUUGGUGUAAGCUCGAAGUCUUGGUGAGCAAACCCAACAAUAUCACAGUCACGAGCGCGUCGGACAAUCUGGACGCGCCUCCAAUGACCCUCAUGAGUCUCUCCCUGCGAACCACUUUCAAUGCCAAGGACAACAAGCAGGAGAUCCUAGUGGCCAGUGCUAUGAUAUACGAUAGCUUCUCUCUGACUGACACUACACCUGUCGAUCAAAUGCAGUGCAAGAGCUUCACUAUCAUGCGGCCGAAUGGCACUGCUUUCCCAACAGGCUUCGAUAAAGAAGUCGAGAAAGUGAAAGGCAACAUGUACAUGAAGAAGACAGAGCAAGAACUUCUCAGUCUGUUGAUGGCGAUGUUCCAGCGCCAUGACCCGGAUGUUCUUGUCGGCCAUCGCUUAGACGACGUCGAUUACAGCGUCUUGCUAAGCCGUCUUCGAGAGAAGAAGACCCCAGGAUGGCACCGCAUUGGACGACUUAAGAGAAGUGAUUGGCCUAAGAGUAUGGGCAAGGGCGGUGGCAGUUUCUUUGCUGAAAAGCAACUAGCUUCUGGUCGCUUGCUGUGCGAUUUGGCGAAUGACCUUGGAAAAUCCCUUAUGCCAAAGUGUCAGUCGUGGAGUCUUGAAGAGAUGGUUCAGCUUGGACUCAACAAGCGACGUGAAGAGCUUGAUAACGAAGCUGCACUGAGGACCUGGGCGACAACGAAGGAGGGUCUUCUCAACUACAUCAAGCACUGCCAAGCUGAUGCCUACUUCAUCGCUGCCAUUGCGAUAAAAGUGCAGAUGCUUCCACUUACCAAGGUUCUCACCAACUUGGCAGGUAACUCAUGGGCCCGAACGCUGAGCGGAACCCGCGCAGAGCGUAACGAGUACAUUUUGCUGCACGAGUUCCACAAGAACAAGUACAUUUGCCCGGACAAACAGUGGGGCAAGAGCAAGGUCAAAGCUGAGGAAGAAGCGGCGGAAGGUGAAGAAGGUGCGGACGCAAAGAAGAAAGACAAGUUCAAAGGUGGUCUCGUCUUCGAACCCGAGAAAGGUCUCUACGACAAGUUCAUUCUGGUCAUGGACUUCAACUCUCUUUACCCCAGUAUUAUCCAGGAGUUUAACAUUUGCUUCACGACUGUGGAGCGAUCGGAUCUCUCAGAGGAUGACGAUAAGGUGCCAGAAGUUCCCACGAACCAAGAUCAGGGUAUUUUGCCGCGUCUUAUUGCUACACUUGUCUCGCGUCGUCGCGAAGUGAAGAAGCUUAUGAAGGCAAAGGAUGCUACACCGGAUGAGCUGGCCACCUGGGAUAUCAAGCAAAUGGCUCUAAAGCUUACUGCCAACUCUAUGUACGGAUGCUUGGGAUAUACCAAAUCUCGGUUCUACGCUCGACCACUCGCUAUGCUCACGACAUACAAGGGUCGUGAAAUUCUUCGGAAGACUAAGGACAUGGCCGAGGAGAAGGCGCUGCGCGUCAUUUAUGGUGAUACAGAUUCCGUCAUGAUCAACACAAAUGUCGACAACAUUCAAGAUGCGCUAAAAUUGGGUAACGAGUUCAAAAGGGAGAUCAACGACAGCUACAGACUUUUGGAGAUCGAUAUCGACAACGUUUUCCGUCGCAUCUUAUUGCAUGCCAAGAAGAAGUACGCCGCCAUCAACAUGGUCUCUGUUGACGGCAAGUACAUCGAGAAACUUGAAGUCAAGGGUCUCGACAUGAGACGCAGAGAAUACUGUGCCCUGUCGAAGGAGACGUCAACGGAACUACUUAACUUCCUCCUUAGCGGUGAAGACCCUGAGGUAGUCGUCGAGAAGAUCCACAACCAUCUCCGUGAGCUGAGCAAGCAGAUGCGCGAGUACACCGUACCAGCUCGGAAGUACACCAUCUAUACACAGCUCGGAAAGAACCCCAAGGAGUAUCCCAAUGGUAACUCGAUGCCAUCUGUCCAGGUCGCACUUCGCCUUCAGGCAAAGGGCAAACACGUCAAGGCCAAGGACGUUAUGAGCUUCAUCAUUACGGGUGAAUCGUCUGGUUCGGCCGAAAACGCAGCAAAGAACGCCUAUCCGGUUGAUGAAGUCCUGAAAGCCGACAGUGGACUAAAACCAGAUAUUGAUUACUACCUCCACAAACAGAUUCUACCACCAGUAGAACGUCUCUGUGCUCCCAUCAGCGGAACCAACGUCACUCUCUUGGCAGCUUGUCUCGGUCUCGACACUUCCAAAUAUCGCGUGAGCACCGUCUCUGGAGGUGCGCAACAAGACACAGAAAUCCAUCCUCUGGAGUCGCAAAUUCCAGACUCCGUACGCUUCCAAUCUUGCUCGCCACUGUGGCUGCGCUGCCGGGAGUGUACAACUGUAUUCCCAUUCCAGGGUCUUUCUUCGACAUCACCAACUACGGCAUCAUUGCAGACCAUUUCCCACAGUGGAAUACAAUGUCCCGCUGAAGGCUGUGGCAAGUUGCUACAAAACAUCAGCGUGGUGGCCCAGCUAGAAUCUUCUAUCCGUCAAGUCCUCGCGUCAUACUACGCCGGUCAUGUUCUUUGCGACGACCCACAAUGUUCAAAUCGAACGCGUAGUAUAUCUGUCUACGGACACCGUUGCCUUGGCCCGAAGGGUCUCGCUCGCGACUGCUUGGGCAAGAUGAGUUACGAGAUCAAGGAACGCGAUGUUUGGAACCAACUGUUGUACUAUCAAUCGUUAUUUGAUGUUGACCGUGUAGGCAAGAUGGAUGCUGGUGUGAAAUCAGAGGAUAUGGAGAGGAAAGAGAAGAUGAAAGUGCUGGCGGAAGUCAACAGAGAGAGAUUUGGUACACUCAAGGGCGUGGUGGAGCGAUGGCUGGAGAGGAAUGGAAGGCAAUGGGUGCAGAUGGACAGUCUGUUCUCUUUUGCGCUUAAGGCUUAG